AUGCACAUUCGCCAGAUAGAGGCAUAUUUUUUGCUCGUCUACAUGUUUCCCCUCGUCGUGUCAUCCAUCCUACCUGUCGCCAACCCGAUUCGAGUCACUGAGGCGUCGUUUGUUAAUCCGAUAAAUGCCGUCAAGUUUGCCGGAGGAACGGAAAGAAACGAGAAUUUACGGGAUCAGGGCGACCGAGUGUACGAGAUCAGGCGAAACUUGUCCUGCCGGCCCUCGAAGAUGUCUGUUCUGUAUGCGUGUCGGCAACGCGAUGGACGCGUCCGAAACCACUAA